ACAGUGCGGAUUUAUGAACGGCUAUUGUUUUGCUGAGGUAGCAGAAAAGUAGAUUUUCCAGAAACUGCUGGCUGGCCAGUAUUAACCACGUUUUUCGUUUAACCUUCCAUCAAUAAUACAUAAAGGAAUAAAAUGGAUGAUGUUUGGGAUGAUGCUAAUGGCGAAACUGCUGUAGAUCCCGGAUUCUCCCGUCGAAACAACGCUGGCGGAUGUGGUGGCGGUGGUGGAGGAGGUGGUAGUGGCGCUGGCGGUGGCGGUGGCGGCGGCAGUCAAGUGAAUCGUGAACGAAGCACUCUAGAAGUGAAUACACGUAAUAUUCCGCGACUUAUUGGUCGACAGGGAAACAUUAUCAAAAAAAUACGAGCGGAUUCACGAGCAGAUAUUCAGAUCGAUGACCAUCACCCCGGAAAUGGCCGAAGCACCGUUACAAUCUCCGGAAGCUCAAAUAGCGUGAAUCUCGCUAGAGAAGCAAUUUUUGAAGUUCUCAAUAAUCUUAACAACGGGGCUAACCAAGAUCGUAAUCCUCGUGUUGGCGGUGGAGGAGGUUAUCGUGAGGGCGAUGGUCGCCGGAAUCGAGAUGACGGCACAUGGGGAGGACAGUACGGUAGCAGAGAAAACAAAGGCGGUGGUGCUGGUGGCGGUGGGUAUAAUCGUGGCCGCUACGGAGACGACAAGAGGGAUGGUAAUGAUAACGCCCCUUUCGCAAAUCGUUCAAACGGAUAUGAUGGCGGACGCCCACGGGAGAAAAAUUCUUUCAAUUUUGAUUUUGGAGCGAAAAGCACCUCGCACAUCAAGGAUAUACGAGAUCCUAGUCCAGCGUUGAUUGAUUGGGAUGCGCUGAAUAAGGAGUGCGAUGAGGCUAGCCGAGAACAGUGGGCCAAAUGCCCCGAAUUAAUAAAGAAUUUCUACAAUGAGCUACCAGUGGUGGCCAACAUGAGCCCAGAUGAAGUGAAUGAGUUCCGUAAGCAAAACAAUAACAUUGUUGUCGAUCGAACCUUCAAGGAUCCGGAAAAGCCAUCUCUUCCAAUACCAAAUCCGGUUCGAACGUUCGACGAAGCUUUUUAUGAAUAUCCUGAUUUGUUGGCCGAACUGGAGAAAGCAAAAUUUACGAAACCCUCACCAAUUCAAUCACAAGCCUGGCCAGUGCUGUUGAAGGGCGAAGACUUGAUUGGGAUUGCGCAAACUGGUACUGGAAAAACGUUGGCUUUUCUGCUGCCCGCUUUCGUUCAUAUCGAAGGACAGCCAGUACCUCGUGGCGAACGUGGUGGUCCAAAUGUUUUGGUGAUGGCACCAACCCGCGAGUUAGCUUUGCAAAUUGAGAAAGAAGUUUUCAAGUAUCAAUUUCGAGGCAUUCGAGCACUCUGUCUGUAUGGCGGCGGAGACCGGCGAGCCCAAAUCAAUAAAGUGGAAAGCGGAGUAGAAAUCAUAAUUGCAACUCCUGGUCGGUUGAACGAUCUAGUUCAUGCGAACGUAAUUGACAUAACCAGCAUUACGUAUCUGGUUUUGGAUGAAGCCGAUCGAAUGCUGGAUAUGGGCUUUGAACCACAGAUCCGCAAACUUUUAUUGGAUAUUCGUCCAGAUAGACAAACAAUUAUGACCAGCGCAACGUGGCCACCCGGUGUUCGACGGUUGGCUCAAAGUUAUAUGAAUAACCCUGUUCAGGUGUACGUGGGAACACUUGAUCUGGCCGCAACACAUUCGGUUACACAGCAUAUCGAGAUGAUCGACGAAGAGGAUAAAUAUAUGAGAGUGAUGAAUUUUGUGAAAAACAUGGAUCACCAUGAUAAGGCAAUAAUAUUCUGCGGAAGAAAAACUCGUGCCGACGAUCUGUCCAGCGAGUUUGUGUUGUCCGGAAUCAACUGCCAGAGUUUACAUGGUGAUCGGGACCAAGCGGAUCGCGAGCAAGCUCUGGAUGAUAUAAAAUCUGGUGAUGUGAGGGUACUUAUUGCUACGGAUGUGGCCUCCCGUGGCUUGGACAUUGAGGACAUUACCCACGUGGUCAACUACGAUUUUCCCCGUAACAUUGAGGAAUAUGUUCAUCGUGUCGGUCGAACCGGUCGGGCUGGAAGAAGCGGCAUUUCGUUGAGUUUCUUCACCCGCUCGGAUUGGGCAGUCGCCUCGGAUUUGAUUAAAAUUCUGGAAGAGGCCGAACAGGAUGUACCGGAUGAAAUUCGGCGAAUGGCUGAACGGUUUGCGGCAAGGAAGGAGCGCGAAUCUCGCGAGAAAAAUGCUUUCGGUGGUGGUCGUAGUGGUGGUGGUGGUGGUCGUGACGGCGGAGGACGUCGAGGUGGUGGCCGGUGGUAAUUCUAGUGAUGGUUAAAUUACCGUCGUCGAUGUUUUUUUUUUUUGCUUCUCGGAAGCUUCAGGCUAGGAAUCGAAUCUUUCUCUAAAAUAUGCUUUCUAUGCUACUGAAACCAAAUUUUCAUUUGACAAAAUAACUGAAGUAUAUUGAUUUUAUAAACUGUUUAUCGCUUGUUACCCGUGGUACGGUAACCGUUCGAUUAUUGUUCUAUCGAAAAAUUCGUACACCAAAAAUAAGUUGUUCUAUAGGAAUGUGUGAAUCGAUAGGCAUUUUUUGCAAGCAGAAUUUCAAGACUGUUCUUUAGACAGCCAGAUCAGAGCUGUAGUUGACUGUAUAGAGAUGGUAUUUAUAGAGUACAACUUUCGCACUUUAUCGUUCCACUAUCGAAAAUUACAUUAAAUUUAACGAAAAAUU